CAAAGUGAGGGGAGUAAUUCGUAAACAAAACAUCCAGCUAGGAUGGCCUUGUGAAUUUUACAUUUUUAAGACCGCGUAAUAACCUUAUAAUAACCAAAAGGAAUACAAUAGUAGUAAUUUGUUCUAAUAAACCGUUUUAGUCAAACCAGUCAAACCUCCCAUCUGUUUCUCUUUUUUUUUUUUUUUGUCAGAGGCCAUUAUUACUAUUAAUCCAAGAAAAACAAAUACUACUACUAAUAUAUCUUUCUUUUUUUUUCAUAUUUUUUUUAUCAUUUGUUACCUUCAUUCAAUUUCUUGAAUUUGAAGUUUAAACUCAACAUCCCGCCUCUCUCACACAUUUCAAUAUCCAUUUUGUCUCAUCAAGAUCUUAUCUUGAUCACAUUCUUGAAUUUUCUUGAUUGCAAAACAAGGUAAAUGAGGGGGUUCAACUAAAAGUAAAUUGACUAGCUUAAUUCUGCGUCCCCCACACUUACUAUGAAGAGAGAAAAUUCAGUAAUCUCAGCUGCAAGUGAGCCCAUGGUUCGGAUUACGAGAUCUCGAGCUGCAGCCCCUGAAAAAUGCACACUUGCACGCGCUACAGAAUUACCAAAGCAGCUGGGUCAGAAACGUGCUCUGCAGACAAAUUCUAACACGGCAAUCCUCAGGGAGAGGAACAAGAAUGUUCCACUUACUUCCUCUGUGGAGCAGAAAUGCCGGCCAGUGCUUAAGGACGUCACAAAUCUAUGUGGCAAGACUUCAAAUGGAGACUUCUUCAAUGCUACCAAAGUUCCAAAGAAGAAGAUCAUGCGAGUUGGAAACAGUUCACUGGAUGUGUCAAAAGUGGCCACUUCAGUCUGCCCUGAAGUCUAUCAGUUUCCAGCCAAAUUACCACCAAGGAGUAACAUUAAUCAAAGUAACUCAGUCGGGAAGUUCCAUGAACAACAGCAAGGAAAUCCAAUAGAAAUCAAAUGUUGUCCAAGAAAAGGCACAGUUGAGAAAGCUGUUCGUGAUGCGGCACCAUCAACAUCAACAAAGUUGGACUUCAUCGACAUCGAUUCUGAUCAAAAGGAUCCACAGCAAUGCAGUCAAUAUGCUCAUGAUAUAUAUUACAACUUACGGGUUGCAGAGCUAAUUAAAAGGCCGCAAUCAAAUUUCAUGGAAACACUCCAGCGAGAUAUCACGCAAAGUAUGCGGGGAAUACUUGUCGACUGGCUUGUGGAGGUGUCCGAGGAAUAUAAAUUGGUGCCAGAUACACUGUAUCUCACUGUUCACUACAUCGAUCUAUUUCUAUCUCAAAACUAUGUGGAAAGGAAAAACCUGCAGCUCCUUGGUAUCACUUGCAUGCUAGUUGCCUCGAAAUAUGAAGAGAUGUGUGCUCCACAUGUUGAGGAGUUCUGUUUCCUCACUGACAAUGCUUACACGAAAAAUGAGGUCCUGGCAAUGGAGAGUCUUGUUCUGAACUUUUUAGGUUUCCGACUCUCAACUCCAACUGCAAAGACAUUUCUCAGGAGAUUUGUAAGAGCAGCACAAGCUUCUUACGAGAAUCCCAAUCUGGAGCUAGAGUUCUUGGCUAAUUAUCUCGCUGAACUGACAUUGAUCGAAUAUGGCUUCUUGAAAUUCGUCCCGUCUGCUAUUGCUGCAUCAUCUGUAUUCCUUGCAAGAUGGACACUAGAUCAGUCAAGCCACCCAUGGAGUCCAACACUGGAGCACUAUACCUAUUACAAGGCUCAGGAUCUGAAAACCACAGUUCUUGCAUUACAUGGUCUACAGUUGAAUACAAGUAACUGCCUGCUAAAUGCCAUACGUGCUAAAUACCGACAAGAUAAGUUCAAGUCAGUUGCGUGUUUGUCUUCGCCAAAGCUACUUGAGACACUGUUUCAAACAUGAAAUUUGCAGAUGUAAGACUAACCAAAUGGAGCAAUGCUGAAGCAGAUGACUUUCUAUAAAGGGGCUAUUUUCCAACUUGGCUCCUCUCUUGGCUUUUUUUCUGAGAGUAACUGAUUCAAAUCACUUAAGAGUGUUCCUUUGUCCAUUCUCUUGAUGUAAAGAUUUGACAACUAGAAAUAUACUUAACUUUGCAAGUUUUAGCAGUAUAAAGUUAGCAACUUUCUCAGUUGUAAUUCAAGAAAAUCAUGCAGGUAAUACUUGUACAUGCUAUUUUUUCAACCCUGUUACUUUUGUAGUUUAGACCUAAGUUGCUCAGCACUCUCCAAAAAUGUUGCCGCACCCAUGUCGGAUCCUUAAAAAAGGCACUAUUUUUGAAGGAUCCGACACACCCAGUGACAUUUUUGAAGAGUCUAAGCAACAUAGGUUUGACUGAUUUGUCUUAAUCUGUUGAAAUGCAGCUUCAUUAUGAAA